AUGGUCAGAGAGAUUUACAAGAAGAUUGGAAUUGUGACAGUAGUUCGUGACUGGGUCUUUAAUUCACUUUCAUUAUACAGUGUGCAGCCAUUAGAUGAAUACAAAUUUACUGCAGAGGAAAACAUGUCUGAAGAUGAUGAGAAUGAUGCAAGCGACAAGGACAGUGAGAUGGAUUUUUUUGGUUGCGGUGAUGAUGAUGAGAAAGAUCCAGAUUAUGCAGAUUUGGAGUCGGAAUCUAAAGAAGAAGAAGAAUAUGUGUCAGAUUCAUCAGGGAUAUCAGAAUUAUUCCCAGUUCAAAGUAAUUCCAAGUCAGUUGAAGCAUUGCGCAAAAAAAGAGCCAAUAUAAUUACUGAAAAAGAACAGAAACCAUUGACAGUAGACCCAUAUUCAGCAACUGGCAUAGAUCCUGUUAGAGUACAGGCAAGCAAAAAUAAGGAUGGCAUCAGAAUUUGGGAUAAAAUUCAUUAUUGUAUGUACUGUGGAGAAGGAUUUACAAACAUUACCAAACAUUAUCUAGGACCCCACAAACAGGAAAUGGAGGUGCAACGGAUCUUGUCCUUACCCUUGAAGUCAGAAAAAAGAAAAUUGGCAUUGAUGAAACACAGGAAUAGUGGAGAUUAUAAACAUAAUGUUGAAGUGCUAAAGAAUGGAACUGGAACAUUGGUUACAUGGACAAGAAAAGAUAAAACAACAACCACAGCAAAAGAAUACCUGCCUUGUGAAGAUUGUCUAGCCUUUUUCUUGGAUAAAAAUUUGUGGAGACAUAGGAAAAUUUGCCCAUUUCGAAAAAAUGAUAGGAAUCAAAAAAGAUUAAAGUCACAGGCAUCUCUUCUGCUGCCAAGUUCAGUUGUGAUCAGUGAGGGUCUUCAAAGAAAGGUGUUGAGUCGUAUGAAUACCGAUGAAAUUACUAUGGUUGUGCGAAAUGACCCAGUCAUUUUACGUAUAGGGGAAAAUUGUUCCAGAAACAUGGUCACCUACCUCAUCUGUAUCCACAUAAAGCUCUGCGGUUACGUUGAAGAAAACAACAAGUACAGCAAUCCUUCUCUGGCACUGAAAAUUGGACACCUGUUGAAAAAAUGUGCAAAGGUAAAGAAGGCAAUGUCUUUGAUAUCUGCUGACACUCAAUCAGGAUCAAAUGCUGAUGCAUUCCUCACAUUGUGUGAAAGUGAAUGGAGCGAUGAUGUGUCCAUCGCUGCAUUACAGACUCUUAGCUCAGAGAAGAGGAACAAAGGAUCUAUCUUGCCACUGACAGAGGACAUCACCAAAAUUCAAAGAUUUCUGAAGGAGAAGUCAAGCUCAUUGACAGCAGAGAUUGAAGAUUCUCUCAGUCUUGUGGAGAAGAUGCUAUGUGAUACAUUUGAGAGAGUAGAAAUAAGAGGAAAGAAAGGAAGAACAGUGCCAGUUCUACUUACACCUUGUUUGAUUAAGAACAUUGAUUGCCUUAUGAAAUACAGAGAGGAGUCUGGUGUUAGUAAGGAAAACCCUUAUCUAUUUCCACGUUCAUCGUUUGAAUCCCUAAACCCGAUAAGGAGUGCAGAUUGUUUACGGCGGUUCGCACAAGAUGCCAGACUUGAGAAACCAGAAAACCUCACCAGCACACAGUUAAGAAAACAUGUGGCAACUAUUUCACAAGUACUGAACCUCAGCAAAUCCGACCUGGAGAACAUGGCCAAUUUUCUUGGACAUGACAUAGAGAUUCAUAGAUCCUUCUAUAGAAUUCCACAACAAACUCUUGAGAUUGCAAAAAUGGGAAGACUUUUGACUGCAUUUGACAAUGGAACUGUUAGCAAAUACAGUGGAAAGACACUGGAUGAAAUCCCAGUUGAUGAUGUUGAAGAAUUGCAGCUUGAUGGUAAUAUAAGCAGUGAUGACUGUUUUGAGAGUGACUCCGAGAAAGUGUCUGGUCACCAAUUGUUUGACUGCAGCAAGAAAGGAAAUGGUUGUAGUUCGUCUACUAAGAAAGAGAAGGUCAAAUUGUCCACAUGUCAGAGUGACACUCUUCGCAGAGAAUUUCAGGAAAAGAUAAACUUACAAACGGAGUUGAAGCACGAGGACUCAAGACUGAUGACCCCCCUUGAUCCUGACUAUGUUCCCUCAGGUUCUACGGGCUAUGAACCACUACGGCCUACAACUUCUGAAUCUAACAGACAUAUUCGACUCCGCAAGAGGGAGGAAGAGAUGGCUAGAAAGGAGAAUAAUUCUGAAGCUGCCAGCAAUUUAAUAGAAUUGUCUGCAUCCCAACCCAACAUUUAG